UCCCGCCGCCGCUGCGAUUGGCCCGGCCCGCCCCUCGCCCCGGCGCCCAGGCCGCCUCCCUCCCCGGCUAAAGCGGGCAGUAGGUGAGGGGAAGGCGGCCAGACGGGGAGCAUGGUCGCGGCUCCGCAGCAGCCUCCGCCGCCGCGCCGCGCCUCCUUGCCCGGCCUCCAGCGCGGCUCCUGGCGCCCGCAGCCGCGCGGGGCUCUGCGUUAGCGGCGGGGGCUGCGAUGCACAAGCCGCCGCCGCCGCCUCCUCCUCCUCCUCCUCCUCCUCCUCCCGCCGCCGCCGCGCAUCCUCCCGCCGCCUGAGGACGCGGCCGCCUGCGCCCCCGCGGAGGGAGGUAAUCUGGCUUCCCAGAAGUCUUCUGCUAAAUGCAAGGGUUUGCUGUCCUGUUUACUGACUGUUACACCUGAGGCUGAUUUUGAUAUAGAUUCUGGAUAUCGCAGGAGCAGUCAACAGCCCAAUCCUCCUGGCAGUCCCAACAAUCACGAUCAGGCAAGUGUGAUCCACCACAUGCAGGGUUUACUUUGAUAAUAGGCAAGCUCUCGAGUUCCCUUUGAGACAAAGCUGCCCUCCACCGAGAUGUCACGGCACCACAGCCGGUUCGAAAGAGAUUACCGUGCCGGGUGGGAUCGCCGGGAUUGGAGCUCCAAUGGCAACCAUGUCAGCAGCACCAACUGCAGCAGCGCUGCCAGCACCAACAGCAGCACCCGCCCGGGGCUGCUGCCCCUGCCCAUCGUCCCCUCCCGGCUCCCCACCCCGGCCACUGCCGCCUGCACCACCGGCAACAGCGACGUCAUCACCAGCCUGGUGGCCAACUCCUCCCCAGCUUCAACUACCAAAUGUCGUGCGCUGAUGUCCCUGGUGUCCUGGAGCAGCAAGUGUCGCAGCCGGGACCUUGGUUCGAUACCUCAGCUCCGUUCCCUGAUGUUCUCGCUGAGAAACGAAGGCAGCUGGACACCUUGCAUUUCCAAGACUGAAAAUCAGCCUCAAGGACUUGCAACAAGCGUCAGGUGGGGACAGACACCCAUCAAUCAGUCCACACCCUGGGACACUGAUGAGCCUCCAUCUAAACAGAUGAGGGAGAAUGAAAACCCAGGUGCAGCUCCCUGGGUCACCACAGUGGCAGCGGGCAGCCAGCCUGCCCUGAUCACGCACUCCUACGGGAUGACACAGCCGCCCACCUUCAGCCCUGCCGCCAACGUCCAGGCCCCCGUCAUCGGUGUCACGCCCUCCCUCCCUCCGCACGUCACCCCCCAGCUCCCGCUGAUGCCGACCCACUACCAGCUCCAACCGCAGCCCUCCCAGCCCCUCAGCAACAUGGUGGUCAACCUCCAGAGCCAGCCCUUGUACACCAACAGCCAACCCCUCAGCAUGUCCUCCAUGAGCGGCGUGGGCCCGGUGGCCCACCCGGGCCCCGGGGCGGUGGGCAAUGGCCACCUGGCCUGCCCCAUGCUGCCGCCGCCACCGCCAGCCCUGCCCUCGGCCGCCCUGCCCAGCACCGCGCCCACCACCAACGGGCAGGUGGCCGCCCCGCUGCCCCCCAGCGCGGCGACGGGCGGCCCAGACAACACCAACGGGGUGCAGAUGCUGCGGACAAUCGGCGUGGGGAAGUACGAGUUCACGGACCCCUGGCACCCCAAAGAAAUGUUGAAGGAGUUGAACCAGCAACGCAGAGCGAAAGAGUUUACAGACCUGAAAAUUAUUGUUGAAGGCAAAGAGUUUGAAGUCCACCAAAAUGUUCUAGCUUCCUGCAGCUUGUAUUUCAAGGACCUGAUUAAAAGGUCACCACGGGACAGUAGCAGAAGCGGGGAGAAGCUGGAAUUGGCCAUGUCCAACCUCACUGCGGAUGUCCUGGAGUUACUCCUGGAGUUUGUUUAUACAGGUUCUUUGAUCAUAGAUUCAGCCAAUGCAAAAACCCUACUGGAAGCUGCCAGCAAGUUCCAGUUUCAUACCUUCUGUAAAGUCUGCGUUUCCUUUCUAGAAAAACAGCUGACUGCUAGCAACUGCUUAGGAAUAUUAGCCAUGGCUGAAGCCAUGCAGUGCACUGAACUAUACAACAUGGCCAAAGCUUAUGCCCUGCAAAUUUUCCCUGAGGUGGCAAACCAAGAAGAGAUCCUUAAUAUCUCAAAAGACGACUUUAUUUCCUACAUGUCCAAUGACAGCCUGAACACCAAAGCAGAGGAGCUGGUGUACGAAACAGUGAUAAAGUGGAUUAAGAAGGACGCCGCAAUCAGAGCUCAGUACGCUGCGGAGCUGCUGGCAGUGGUGCGCCUCCCCUUCAUCCAUCCCAGCUAUCUGCUGAACGUUGUUGACAAUGAGGAGUUGAUAAAGUCCUCGGAGGCUUGCCGGGAUCUGGUGAACGAAGCCAAGCGUUAUCACAUGCUGCCACACGCCCGACAAGAGAUGCAGACGCCAAGGACCCGGCCCAGGCUCUCUGCAGGUGUAGCUGAGGUAAUAGUCUUAGUUGGGGGUCGCCAGAUGAUUGGCAUGAAUCAACGUGCUUUAACAGCAGUGACUUGCUUAAAUCCUCAAAACAACAAGUGGUACCCAUUGGCCAGCCUGCCCUUCUAUGAUCGAGAGUUUUUCAGCGUGGUCAGCGCUGGGGACAACAUCUAUCUCUCAGGCGGCAUGGAGUCGGGUGUCACGCUCGCUGAUGUCUGGUGUUACAUGUCCCUGCUCGAUAACUGGAACCUCGUGUCCCGCAUGACAGUCCCAAGGUGUCGACAUAACAGUCUGGUGUACGAUGGGAAAAUUUAUACCAUUGGAGGGGUCGGUGUGGCAGGCAACGUUGACCAUGUGGAAAGGUAUGACACGAUAACCAACCAGUGGGAGACCAUCGCUCCUCUGCCCAAGGCCGUCCACUCAGCCGCCGCCACCGUCUGUGGUGGGAAGAUCUACGUCUUCGGAGGGGUGAACGAAGCCGGGCGAGCUGCAGGGGUCCUGCAGUCCUACAUCCCUCAGACUAACUCCUGGAGCUUUAUAGAGUCUCCGAUGAUUGAUAACAAAUAUGCUCCUGCAGUCACUCUCAAUGGGUUCAUCUUUAUUCUUGGAGGAGCUUAUGCACGAGCAACCACCAUCUAUGACCCAGAGAAAGGCAAUAUUAAAGCAGGUCCCAACAUGAACCACUCCAGGCAGUUCUGCAGUGCUGUUGUUCUGGAUGGAAAAAUCUACGCCACCGGUGGGAUCGUCAGCAGCGAAGGACCUGCCCUGGGAAACAUGGAAGCCUAUGACCCUAAAACAAACACAUGGACACUUCUACCAAAUAUGCCCUGCCCCGUUUUUCGACACGGCUGCGUAGCAAUCAAGAAGUACAUCCAGAGCGGCUGAUGUUCCCCAGGAGUUGGAUGGAGAACUGUUUGUACCUGUUGAAAGCAGGCAAAAGGAACACUAUUACUUAAGGAACAAAAGCAGCAAAGCCAGCCAGUGAACAUAUUGCUCUAAAGUCUUGAAUAGUGUCUACAUUGAAUGUAGAAAAAUCAUCCUCACCUUUUGGUGAACAAGGAGCAGAGAGCUCCGUGCUAUGUAAGAUAUUGUAACUUAAUAAUGCAAGGGUGUCACUAGAUGUUAUAGUGGCACUUGUUCUGGACAUCGGCUUUUGGUCAACCCAGGUGCAAUAGAAUUUCUCAUAUUUUUUAAGCUGGGGAAGAGAGGAAAAAAAUAAUCUGCAUUUUACUUUAGAGCUCGAGCUUGAUUCUUAAAAUAACCAUGCAGAUUAGUUUUACUAUUACACUUUAGGCAUCAAUCUAUUUGAAAGGUCAAAGUGUCCUUACCACUUUGAUUCCUACAUUUGUUUUUAAGAAAUACAUGCUUUUCAAUACCAAUGACUGAGAGAAGUCUUGUGUGACAGAUGGCUUAUGUUGAUGUCAGUCUUCCAUCAGAUCAAACAAUUCUUUCAGUUCUCUAGAGAAGAGCCCAGAUGGGGGGUGAGGUGGGGACUGGGGAGAAGAAGAAGAGCCAUUGGUAAUAAAUUCCAUGUAAAAUGAUUUAAAAAGGUCUGUUGGGCUGAAUGAGUUUCUGCUCCAGGUGCUGCUUCUGUGGGCACGUGUGGCUGUGGCCACAGGUCGGGGAGGGGGGGGACUCCUAAACCUUUUCCUCCCAGUUUCUGCUGAUGCACUUGGCAGUGUUUGAUUCCCAUAAUGCAAAAUGAAUUGAUUCCAGUGGUGUUCUCCUGAUAAACCCACUCUUCACUUCUGGCUGGAAUCACAGUAAAACGCACAGCAUAGUGUGGGUUUUCCAUGUUUUCAUCAAACAGAGAAGACGCCUCCUGUGGCUACACACUCAUUUUGGCUCUCGACCAGAAUUCCUUAUGUUUGGGAUACAUGCCACUAUUUUUUAUGUAAAGUCUGAGAAGUUUUUUGUUUUACUUUAUUUUUCAAGUUCCCCACCCAGUGUGAAAAUCUUAUCAUUCUCUUAUUUACAGAUUUUAAAUAGUUUAAAGCCCAUGGUAGAAUGAUGCAUAGACUUAAGCCCAGUGUAAGAGACUUCAAAUUAUUACUAUGUAGAGUUGUAAGUAUAUGCACAGCACAGGGGUUAUAUUUUUAUAUAUAUUAAAAUAUUGUCUAUCCAGAGAGCAUUGUGAUGUGGAAAUUCUUUAUAAAUUUAUACAUAAAAGGAUCAAGUGGGAGAUGGACCGGGUAACAUAUAGGGGGCAGGGGAAAGAAUCUUAAAAUUCACCACCAGGAAGCAACCCCAAGCUACGGAUUGUCUGAUUUCUUUCCACGGAGAGGGAGAAAAAAGUUGCCAUACUUGCCUUUGCAGACUCAAAUCCCAAAUGCCAUGCCAGUAAUUCAAGAAGGAGGGUCCUGUACAGGGCACGGGUGAGAUCUUACAUUCAAAAUCUAGUUGAAUUUCAUACCAAAUACAGUAGCCUUUUUAUACAAAGGGAGGUCUGCCUACAGCUUUGGGAAAAUCAAUGCAGAUGGUUAGCUAAUCAUCUUAUUUUAUUAAUAAUCAUUUAUAAAAUAAAAGAAAAAAAAAGAAAUUUGUAUCUUGCAGUAUUUAAAGAAUAAGUGCUCAAGUCAGCUGAGUCAAGCUAUAGGGUGACUCAAGUCUCUCAUUUUGACAGUGAGGUUCCAGUCUUUGUUAUGCAGUUGUUUUAUUUAUUCUUUAAAGAAAAGAAAAAAUAAUAAGCACAACAAAAUUAUAUACUAGUAUGUCAUUUAAAGUAUUUAUGUCAAACAGGGUGCAAGUGUGAACCUAAAGAUUGGAGCACAAGUUUCUAACUGCCUGGGGCAGGACUAAUUUUAGUGUUGGUGUGUGUCUACCUCCAAAGGAGGUGCUACCUGUCAGCAAGACCGAAACAUAUUCGACAUUUCCAAUUUAGCUUAUUUCUUCAUUUCUCACACUGGAACAAAACUGGCUAUUUCUGUGAAUAAUAUUAAAAACAGGGUUAUCUGUAAUGGUAUUGUAUAUAGUUUAUGUUUACUGUUAAGUUCUUGUUAUAUUAUAAUAAAUAUAUUUAUAGAUCUAGA